AUGAGCUCUGCCUGGAGCGCUUCUUUUGAGAGGCAGCAUCUCUGGAUGUAUCUGCUGGCGCUCGGAUUCGAGCCGGGCCCGGCUACCAUCGCCUGCGGAAAGAUCGAGUCGCACACACACCUCGGAGUGAAUAUGUUUGAUAAACUGAACCGAGAUGCCUUUCAAAUAGUUUCUUAUUUUUUGUUUCAAACGCUGGACCAGUCACUCACCAAAGAAGUUUUUAAAUUUUGCUGGCCUCCAUUUGAUCAAAAAAGUGACAGUGAAUUCCGGAAACACUGCUGUGAGUGGUUAAAAAAGAUUUCUGCUGAAUGUGGAAAUAGCUUUCCUCAAGUUGUUGGUUCAUUGUUUUUGUCUCCUGGUGGUCCUAAGUUUAUUCAUCUGAUGUAUCAUUUUGCAAGAUUUGUUGCAUUAAAAUAUAUUAAAACCAAUUCUAAAAAUUCUUCUCUACAUUUUACAGAAACAUUUAAUGUAAAGCCACAAGAUAUGCACAAGUGCAUGGCCAGAUGGCAUGUUUCACGUAACAGAUUUUUACAAAUUUUGCAAAGAGAAGAUUAUGUUACCCAACAAUAUCAGGAAAAUGCACAAUUAUCAGUUAAGCAAGUACGAAAUUUGAGAUCAGAAUGUAUAGAACUGCAAAACCAAAUAAAAAAAAUGGAACCCUGUGAGGAUGAAAGUAACAUACAAGAGAAAAUUCAAAAGGUUCGGUCUUUGUGGACUUCAGUCAAUGAAACACUCAUGUUUUUGGAAAAAGAGAGAGAAGUUGUUAGUUCAGUCCUUAGUCUUGUUAACCAGUAUGCUUUAGAUGGAUCUAAUGUCAUUAUUAAUAUUCCAAGGCUCUUACUUGACAAAAUAGAGAAACAAGUGUGUCAGAUGCAUAUGGGAAGUGUUUAUGAGGCUGGAAAAUUGAAUCUCUUAACAGUAAUUCAGUUGUUAAAUGAAGUCCUGAAAAUAAUGAAAUAUGAAUGUUGUCAGGCUGACCAAGCAAGAUUGACAAUAGACCUUCACUACCUUGAAAAAGAGACCAAAUUGCAAAGGGAAAGAUUAUCAGAUCUGAAGCAUAUGAGGUGUAAAAUAAAAGAAGAUCUCACAACUAUAAGACAUUCUAUUAUUAGAAAGCAAGGAGAGUGGUGUAAAAAAUGGGAAGAGUUUCUUGGUUUGUCUCCUUUCAAUCUAAUUAAAGAUUGGACUCCAGCUGUGGAUCUUUUACCACCUAUGUCUCCGCUUUCGUUUGAUCCUGUGUCAGAGGAAGUAUAUGCAAGGAGUAUUCUUUUUCAGUAUCCUGCUUCACUACCAGAUAUACCUAAGCAACAUAAUGAAGAAAAGGAUCACAAAGCAGACAUUGAUACCUUGAUAGCUGUGUGUGAUCUAGCUAACAGUUCUGCCUCUUUCCUGUUACAGCCAGCUUCAUCAUCAGAUAGAAACAAUGUUACACUACUUGAAAAGGAUAUGAAGAUGAGAACUCCCAAAGAAAAAAAUGAAACACUAUCUAAGAAAACACCAGAAUUUAAAGUGGAAGAUUCUUCAGUAUCAGAUGUUGCAAAGAAUACAGAGACUAGAGCAUUUGAAGGGUCUCUGGCUCCCCCAAAAAGUGAUCCUUUCCAAAAAGAGCAAGAUCAUCUGGUAGAAGAGGUUGCCCAAGCAGUUUUAUCUGAUUCACCACAGCUCUCUGAAGGAAAAGAAGUAAAAUUAGAGGAACUAAUCGACUCUCUAGUUUCUAACCCCUUCUUAACAAGGAAACAAAUUCCCCGAACUCCAGAAAACUUAAUAACUGAAAUUAGGAGCUCAUGGAGAAAAGCAAUUGAAGUGGAAGACAGUAGAAGUACAGAACCGAUUCAAGUGGAUACUGAACAUAGAGAAGUAUUGUCGGGAUCCCUACCUGUGUUGCAUAAUCAAGAAGAAUUCAGCAUGGCCAGUUUAUUCUCAGAUUUUGAUCAAUCUCAUUUGGCUGAAGAGAAAGUUGUUUCAGGUUGCAUUAAGGGUAUGCCUGAGAAAUAUGUGACCAGUCAUAAAACUGAAUCCCCAGUAGAAGAUCAGUCAGAUUUGUUAAAUAAGAAAAUAAUUUGUAAGCAAGAUUUAGAACGUACACCUUUACCAACCAAGCUUUCAACAAUCAGCCAAAUAGAGAGAUUUUCCCCUACUGUGGGAAAUAGAAUAGAUGUGAUAGGUAAAAGUGAAGAGAAGUAUAUUAAAAUAUUGGACUGCUCACAAGCUUCUUAUAAUGAACCUUCCAUACAUAAGACUAUGUUAUGGAACUCUUUUCAGAUAGCAAGUGAAAUUAGUUCCAAGAGUCUUAAGGAUACAGAUUUUGGCAUAUUACAUGAAACUCUUCCAGAAGAGGUUGGUCACCUAAGUCUUAAUAGUUCUAGUAGUUCAGAGGCCAAUUUUAAACUGGAAUCAAAUAGUCCUGUGUACAGAGGCAUUUUUCCAGAUUAUGUGGGAGAAAGACAGACUACUUCAGAAUCAGACUUCAAUUUACAGGCUAUUAGUAGUAGUUAUGAAGCUCUAAAGAAAUCUCUUUCCAAGAAAAGGGAAGAAUCUUACCUCUUUAAUUCUGAAGCACUUGAAACACACAAACCAGAAUCAAGCCCUUCACCUAAAAAUAUGCAAGCAGAUGAUAUGCUUAACUUUUUGGACACUGAUGAUUUGCUCAUUGAUUAUACAAAACCAUCUUUACGCACGUCCCUUGGUGAAAGAAAACAGUCUCUAUCACCACUAAUUAAGUUUUCUCCUGUGGAGCAAAAAUUGAAGAGCACAGUACCAUGUGGUCUUGGAGAACUUCUACCUAAUUUAAAAGAAGAAGAAAUCUUGAAUAAGAGCCUUGAUGUGAAGGAAUUUGACUUGACAAGAUGAAGCAGUAUUCAGAUAAUUGAACAAUGAUGUACUUAAUUGAAGCUGUGUCACAAAAUAACUUAUAACUUAAAUACAUAAAUACAGGUUGGAAAUGUAACACUCUUUUUCAAGGUCUAAAAAAAUUCUAAAUGCCUUUUAGUCUUUUAUAGUGUUUUUAGGUAAGGAAAGUACGUUUGGAUUUCUUUGUAGGGAUGUAAGAUUGAAAUGUGAAGUGUUUGGAAAGCAGAUGUCAAAUAUGGAAAGCCAUUUUGAUUGCUUGAAUCCUGUGUGCAUUAAGUGAAUGAUAAAAGUAGUAAUUGAAUUUAUUGUUAUAAUUUUGUUAAUUAACAUAAGGAUGAGUAGUUUUUGAUGUGCUUUCACUGGGUGGUUUAAUAUAAUAGCCACUGAAUAUAUUCAUCUUCCUUUUUAUGGAAAUAAGCCACUUUUUUGAUUCUUUAUGAAACAUUCUGGUACUACCCCCCUCCCCCUAAAAGUGAUAAAAAUAGUGCCUUGGGAUGUGUAGUGAAGAUGAUAAGUUUUAAGAUUUCAAAAACUCUAAGCAGGCUUCAUGAUUAUUCAAGUAGGUUGAUCCUGAGAAAUGAUGUUUGAUGGAAUCAAUUACAUAUGAUAAGUGAAGAAUGGGCAGAAUAUAUUUAGAAAAAAGGAAAAAGAUGGAAGAAAAUAGAAAAUGACUGGACACUUAAGGAAUACUUAAGUGGAUUAUAAAUCCAUUCAGUGGGUUGUAUUUAUAUUUAGUCUAUAUUUAGUCUAAUUUAGACUGAGAAUUUAAUCUUAGUUUAUAUUUUAACAAAAAUAUAAGUUAAAAAUUCAUUAGUUUGUUUUAUUGUUGGUUUUUCUGGGGGGAGGAAAGGGAGGUACUAUUUUGUAUUAAUAUUGAUUAUUUUACUUUAUUGCUCAAAAAUCAUUAAAGUCCCCUACUGCCUGCAAAGUAGUUCCAAAAUAACCUGAGAAAACAGAACUUGUCUUUAAGUAACUGGUAACUCCAUUCAGUCUUCUGCCUCACUUUGUCAGAUCACAUCACCUAGAAAUGAUCUUGUCUCUGGCCUCCAAGUGAAUACAUGCCUUCACCUCAUGAACCAGAAGGAAUGGAACAGACACUGGAAAGGCAAUCAUCUUCAGUACUUUCUGUAGAAUUCUGACACAUAACCAUCAAAAUUUUGUCCACCAGCCCCCAAGUAAUUGAUAGGAGAAAAGUUGAAAGGAAGAGUUCUGAAAGUAUAUGGGCUAUUUAAUAGUUUAUCUUGGACUGCUCUUUUCUUUGUCUUAUCUCAGUUUGAAGAUCAGUCUUUUUGUGAGAAAAAAAAAAAAAACAGGAAAAAGCAUAUAUAAAAGUACUUUCUUUAUAGUGGAUAAGAGAAAGGAAAGCUCCUCUAAGGUGCUGUCUUUAUUAGUUAAUAUAACAAACUAGGAACUCUGCAGAUCUAGUUAAAAAUGAGAGAUCAUAGUGGAAGACUAAAGGAAAUUAUGUAGGAGAUCUAUGCCUUUAAAUUUGAACUUUGUUAAAAAAUUAUCAGUGACCUGUUGAUUUUUUUUUUUUUUUGGUAUGGGGUAUUGAAUCUAGGGGCCACUGUGCCACAUCCCCAGCCUGUUUUUCUCUUUUAUUUUGAAACAGGAUCUCUCUAAGUUAUGUGUUUUGAUGUGCUUUCACUGGGUGGUUUAAUAUAAUAGCCACUGAAUAUUUUCAUCUUCCUCAUUAAAUUGCUGAGGCUGGCUCCUGCUUCAGCCUCCGGAGCUGCUGGGAUUAUAGGUGUGCACCACCAUUCCUGGCUUAAUGGUUUUUUUGAGUAAGGAAAUGACAAGGACCUGACAUGACCAUUCUGUAGUCUGCUUUGAGAAAAUCCUGUAUCUGCACUUCCUAAAUUAGCAUCCUAAAUUAGGGAGAAGUUAGGACUAUUAUAUUAGCAUCUGCCAAGUGCCAGGGCCAUUGCUAGACACUUAAUAUGUUAUUUCAUUUAAUUUUUAUAACUGUGUAGGAUAGCAAUUAUGCCCAUUUUACAGAUAAUUAUGCUGAAGCCAGGAAGCUUAAAUGACUUGUCUGAGAUGGGAUUUGAGGACCAGCUGUGUUGGGAAUCAGAUACAUUUUAAGUAAUUCAGGUCUAAAACAGGAAUUAGAAACUGCAAUUUAAAUAUGCUCCUCUGGUAAUUCACAGGUUCAGUAAAAAACUUGAGAACCUCUGCUAAGAAAUUGUCAUAUUUAGCUCUGAAGUACCUUUAAGAAGCAGGCACACUAGUGUGUAUAUACUGCUGUAAAGAUAGCUAACUGAUCAGAAAGCUGGAGUUCACCAAUAAAGUGCAGGAUAUCCUUAAUUACUGAGAAUCAAAAGAUGAAAUGUUUCUGGAUGUUGUGGACUUAUAAAAUCAUAUUGAGUUUUACCUGUGAUAAGCUGAAAGUGUUUGACCUCCUUGUCCUUGCUGUGCCAACAACGUAACAAAAGCUCAAAUCUUUCAUUUCUUUAAAAUCAUUGUACUUGCUUGUAGCUUUUUGCCUUCAGCUUCUUUACUAUCCAUUUUCUCCUUUUGAUCAUGAGGAACUGCUUUGGUUACAUCAUUUCCUUGCUUAAGAGCCCAUUAAUAGUGCAUUGCUAAUUCUAGAUGAAUUUAAAUUUAAGGGCAUAUAAGAUUUCUUACAUAAAUUUCCUCUAGUCCCCAUUCCACUGUAAUCUCCCAUUUUUUUUAAUGAGAUGUGUGAGCAUUGGUCUUUAGCAAUUUUGAUUCACAAUUAUUCUGCAGUUGGAGUAUCUUACCUUCCCCUUCUAUAGCUGUGUUGUAGCCUAUUAUUGCUAUAGCUCUCUUAAGGUUCAGAACAAAUCUUAUUUCCACCUUGAAGGCUUAAUUUGUCCUUUCCAUACCUACAUGCCUAUCCCCCUUCUCUGAAAUCUAUGGUUUAUCUUAUUAUUUGUUUAGUAUUUCAUCUAAUUGUAUAUUACCUUUUUUGUGGUUGUAUGUGCUCAUUAUAACAAUUAUAUCUAUACACAUACAUACCUAUACGUAGAUGUGUGUGUGUAUGCAUCCACAAGCAUACUUUUACCCCAAGGACCAUGUUUUGUCAUUAACAAUUGUAAGUAUUAAAAUUGUUUGCCUCUUACUCAAAGGAAUAAAAGUAAUGUUAAAGAGGGCUUAUGGCUUUAGCUGUAUUUUUUCUUAUUAUUAGCUUACAUAGAAUGUACCUGUUCACUCUCUGCAAGACAUAAAGGUAUGUAAAUUGAUUUCUACAUCAAGUUUAAUCUUUAGAUAAUGUAAUAUGUACUAAUUAUUAUUGUUUGUGUGUGUGGACCUGGGGUUCAAACCCAGGUCCUUGCACAUGCUAACCAUGCACUGUACCACUGAACCUACACCAUUAGCCCCUAACUACUUUAAAUGUUUAAAGAGGACGAACCUGUAAAGUUGCUGAACAUGAAAAAGUUAUCAAGCAGAAUAAAGAAUAAUUGAAGAAGAAUUUAGCUGAAAACAAAACAAAAAGUUAUUUUCAAACUUUUUUCUUAUCCAUAAAAUAUGAAGUCAGUUUUUUUCUAAAGAAAAAGUGGGAAUUCUUGAGACUUAUAUGAAAGAAAAUCCUGUUUUUUCCUUACUCUGAAUGUACUAAAAUAAAAAAUGUUUAUGGACAUUUUCUUCUACAUAAACGUAUUUGCUAAAGUUGAAUUCUUUUUUGCACAAAAUUCAGCUACAUAGUUGCUCUAAAGAUAACCUUUUUCCUUAUUGUAAACUGGCAAAUCCAUAUCCUAAGUUAAGACUGUUUGUGAGUCCUGUGUGAGACUACUUGUAAAUAUGUUCAAUACACUGUUAUCUUUUAAUAAAUAUUAAAUAUUAUA